UGAAAUCGUUGCUUGAGUAGAUGAUUACGUCAUCGGAUUUGGGAUAGUGAGGCCAGGAAGAGCACCGAAAUCUGGUUGAUUCGUGCAAGACCAGCAGGCGCCCACGUCGCCUUUAUUGCACCCAUAUUCGCAAGGUACACGUCUUAUACAGUGCAUUGGUUUCAAAAGGCAUAAUGAGUAGUGGACAGUUAGAAAAGACCAUCAAGCGGGUCCGGCAAAGGAUCGCGGAUAAACAAUACUAUGAGGCGCAGCAGGCGAUCAAGACUGUCGCAGCUCGGCUGAUCAAGGCUCAACACUAUGAUGAUGCAAUUGAGAUGCUAUAUCAGGGAUCGCAGGAGCUGCUUGGUGCGGGAGAAGGUGGAAGCGGUGGUGAGCUGUCGCGCUAUCUAGUAGAUACGUACAAGACAGCGGGUACUUCAGUCAAUUCAGUCUCCAAGGCUCGGGUGGUGCAAUUAUUUACGAUGUUCAAGCCUGAGGAGCCCCGCCGGAAGGACUUCAUACAGGAUGCUAUACAAUGGUCGGCCAGCGGUGAGAUCAAGUACGGAGAUCCGGAACUUCACCAUAUAUUUGGCUCGGCGUAUGCAAAUGAGGACAAGCCGUACGAGGCCGAGCGACAUCUUUUGCUAGGUACCAAGGAGAGCGCAACCGUACUCGGAAACCUACUAUUCGACUGGUUUGCUGAUGAGUCUCAGCUGGAGAUGGCACCUUUCUUUAUCUCACGAGCGGUCUUGGGCUAUCUGUCUGUCGGAAACAUCCGUGACGCCGAUAAAUCGCUAAACAUCUUUAUAGAACGACUUCUGGCCAGCGGUCUGUCCGUAGAGCGUCAGAACGUGACGUCUGCCGCGGGAGACAGUGUGAUUGUCUUCCCUCAACUGCCUCUUCUCGAUUUCUUCCAGCUGCUGAUUAAGGCGUGUCAGCGACCGAGCCAGGACCUGUUCAGACGUCUAAGGUUCAGAUACAAGGAUUCCAUCAAGGACGCAGGUGCAUUCGACGAGGCCCUUGACCGGAUCGGAGCUUCGUUCUUUGGAAUAAAAGUUCGUAAUCAGGGAAAUAUGCUUCAGGAUCUUAUGGGCAGUUUGCUUGGCGGUCCUUCAGGUGGUUCGUCCGGUGGUCCUGCUCAGAUCGGGUCAGCUUUAGAUUAGAUUAUCUGUCGGAUGUCUAGGAUCUCUUCUUUCGCACUAAUUCAGUUGAAAGGCAUAUUGUACUCUAUCAA